AUGAACACGGAAUUACCAAAAAGUUUAGAACAGAUAAAUGAAGUUCAACAAAUGUUUUUGAAUUACGAUCGAAAUAACGAAGAACAGACACGUAAACUUGUUGAUUUCAUCGAAAAUCAUGUUUAUACCGGUUUACGCGAAUUAUCAACAAACAUUUUUCUUCGACCACAAAAAGUCAAAGAUUACGUUCAUUUAUACUCAUUAUUAUCACGAAACAUUAAGAUUAUUUCAUAUCACAACUUUGUUUGCACACCAAUUUUUUCACAUUAUUUAAUCAAAGAAGGAAUCUGUUCGGAAUUCGAAGCAACCCAACUUUCAUCAAUGUUACCUAAUUCAACAAAUGAAUACUAUUUAAAUCUCUUUGCAGAGUUCAUUAGCUUUGCUAAUUGUGUAAAUCCAGAUGCGAAAGAGAUUGAAUUCAUCGACUCAUUUAUUGAUGAUAACAUCGACAAAUUUGUUGAACUCACAUCGAAAACGGAUUUUGAUUAUAAUGAAAAACUCUUCAAAAAUCGUCGUCCAAUUUCGUUGAUCAACUUAUCUGCAAUGUAUGGCGCAAUUAAAUGUUUCAAGUAUCUUUUAGUUCAUAAUCCAGACUUGGAAAUAUUUGUAAUUAUGCUGUUGUUGGUGGUAACACAGAAAUCAUCCGUAUUCUUAAACAAACAGGUGUUAAUUUCAAUGAUACAUCAAUUGUUUCAUUAUACUUCCGUCGUGAUGAAUUAUUUGACUGGCUUCGUUCAGAAACAACCGAAGAUAACAACCAAGAAAAUCUAA